GUGUUCAACAAACACAUGGCUAUGAAAACCAUUAUAAAUAUACAACUUCUCUAUUAACCCUUUCAGGAGAGGAAACACCAAAACCAGACCUCUCUCUGCUGAUAUUCUCUAAUUUUUCAUUUUCUUUUCUAUUUUUCCCAGUUUCUGCAACUCUCCAUAGAAAAAAUUGUUUUUUGAGUUUAAAUUUUGUUCAAGAAAUGGGUUCGAGCAACAUAAAGAAGAAGAGAAGUAAUAAUAUUUGGUCUAUGGGGACAAUUUUGAUGCAUGCAGAUUAUAUAGACUGGUUGUUGAUGAUUCUUGGGUUUAUUGGAUCUGUUGGUGAUGGAUUUUCUACACCGAUUGUGUUGUUUGUUACUAGUAAAUUGAUGAAUAAUCUUGGCGGUUCUUCUUCUUCUUCUUCUGAUUUCUCUCAUAACAUAAAUAUGAAUGCUCUGUCUCUUUGUUACGUGGCUUGUGGACAAUGGGUUGUUUGUUUUCUUGAGGGAUAUUGUUGGACAAGAACAGGAGAGAGACAAGCAACGAGAAUGAGAGCAAGAUAUUUAAAAGCAGUAUUAAGACAAGAAGUUGGUUAUUUUGAUUUGCAUGUCACAAGUACAGCAGAAGUCAUCACAAGUGUUUCCAAUGAUAGCCUUGUCAUUCAAGAUGUUCUAAGUGAAAAGGUGCCAAAUUUCUUGAUGAACGCUUCAAUGUUCUUCGGCUGCUAUCUAGUCGGGUUCUUACUGCUAUGGAGGCUCGCAAUAGUCGGGUUUCCAUUUAUAAUUCUUCUGAUAAUCCCCGGUUUAAUGUACGGAAGAACAUUGAUGGGAUUAGCACGGAAAAUGAGAGAUGAGUACACAAAAGCAGGAACAAUAGCAGAACAGGCAAUAUCUUCUAUAAGAACCGUGUAUGCUUUUGUGGGCGAAAACAAAACCAUAUCGGAAUACUCGAAAGCUCUGGAUUGUACGGUGAAAUUAGGGUUGAGGCAGGGUUUGGCUAAAGGAUUGGCGAUCGGAAGUAAUGGAGUUGUGUUUGCAAUUUGGUCAUUUAUGUCAUACUAUGGGAGUAGAAUGGUGAUGUAUGAUAAUUCUCGUGGUGGUACUGUUUUUGCUGUUGGUGCGUCUAUUGCUGUGGGUGGAUUAUCCCUGGGUGCUGGAUUAUCAAACGUGAAAUACCUAUCAGAAGCAUGUUCAGCAGGAGAAAGAAUAAUGGAAGUAAUAAAAAGAAAACCCAAAAUAGACAUAGAAAACACAGAAGGGGAAAUACUACAAAACAUAAAAGGAGAAGUAGAGUUCAACACCAUAGACUUUGCAUACCCAUCAAGACCAGAAACCCUAAUUCUCAAAAACUUUAACCUAAAAAUCCCACCAGGAAUAACCAUAGCCUUAGUGGGAGGUAGUGGAUCAGGCAAAUCAACAGUGAUUGCAUUAUUACAAAGAUUUUAUGAUCCACUUGAUGGGGAAAUAUUGGUUGAUGGGAUUGGAAUUGAGAGAUUGCAAGUUAAGUGGCUGAGGGCACAGAUGGGAUUAGUGAGUCAAGAACCAGCUUUAUUUGCAACUUCCAUUAAAGAAAAUAUACUUUUUGGGAAAGAAGAUGCUUCCAUGGAGGAAGUUGUUGAAGCUGCUAAAGCUUCUAAUGCUCAUGAUUUUAUCAGUUUGUUGCCUCAUGGCUAUGAUACUCAGGUUGGUGAACGAGGAGUUCAAAUGUCCGGAGGACAAAAGCAAAGAAUUGCCAUAGCAAGAGCAAUAAUCAAAGCACCAAAAAUUCUCCUUCUUGAUGAGGCAACAAGUGCAUUAGACUCCGAAUCUGAACGUAUAGUCCAAGAAGCCCUAGACAAGGCUGCCGUGGGUCGAACCACGAUCAUCAUAGCGCACCGUCUCUCCACCAUUCGCAAUGCUGACCUAAUCGCGGUAGUUCAAACUGGCCAGGUCAUGGAAACCGGUUCGCAUGACGAAUUAAUUAAAAACGAAGAUGGUCUAUACACGUCAUUAGUCCGUCUUCAACAAACAGAAAAAGAAAAAACCGUCGAAGACGAUGAUGAUCAUCAUGCCACGUCGUUCUCUUCAUUGAUGUCGAAAAUGGACAUGAACAACGCUAGUAGUCGAAGAUUGUCGAUUGUUAGUAGGUCGAGCUCCGCGGAUUCUUCAAUGACGGCUCCAAACAGAGGUUCACUUGGCGGAGAUCAACAUAAUGGAGAAAAUCUCGCGGAGGAGAGUGUUAAAAGACCGUCGUUUCGAAGAUUGUUAGCAAUGAACUCGCCGGAAUGGAAACAAGCUAGUUUCGGAUGUUUAGGUGCAAUUCUAUUCGGCGGAGUGCAGCCAUUGUACGCAUUUGUGAUGGGUUCGAUGAUAUCGAUAUAUUUUUUGAGUGAUCAUAAUGAAAUCAAGGAGCAAAUACGGAUUUACUCGUUAUGUUUUUUGGGGUUAGCGAUCUUCUCAUUGAUCAUCAACAUUGUUCAGCAUUAUAAUUUUGCGUAUAUGGGUGAGAUGCUAACGAAGAGAAUCAGAGAAAGAAUGCUUUCGAAGUUGCUCACUUUUGAAAUUGGAUGGUUCGAUCAAGAUGAGAACUCUAGUGGUGCAAUUUGCGCUAGACUUGCCAAAGAUGCUAAUGUGGUGAGGUCAUUGGUGGGUGACAGAAUAGCUCUUGUGAUACAAACAGUCUCAGCUGUGACCAUAGCCUGCACAAUGGGCCUUGUUAUUGCUUGGAGGCUUGCUGUUGUUAUGAUAGCAGUCCAGCCUCUCAUUAUUAUCUGCUUUUAUUGCCGGCGUGUCCUAAUCAAAAGCAUGUCUCAACAAGCCAUUAAAGCCCAAGAUGAAAGUGGCAAGCUAGCUGCAGAGGCCGUCUCCAAUCUCCGAACCAUCACCGCCUUUUCCUCGCAAGAUCGGAUCCUAAAAAUGCUCGAAAAAUCCCAAGAAGGUCCGCAGAGAGAGAGCAUGAGGCAAUCAUUGUAUGCUGGUCUUGGGCUUGGUACCUCUCAAUGCCUAAUGUCAUGUACUUGGGCUCUCGACUUUUGGUACGGCGGUAGGCUCAUUUCGAAAGGCUAUAUCUCCUCGAAAGCCCUAUUUGAGACGUUCAUGAUCUUGGUCAGCACGGGUCGCGUCAUAGCCGAUGCCGGAAGCAUGACGACUGACCUAGCUAAAGGUGCGGACGCUGUUGGUUCCGUAUUCGCCGUGUUAGACCGAUUCACGAGGAUUGAACCUGAUGACCCGGAAGGAUACGAGCCCGAAAAGAUUACGGGCCAUGUCGAAUUAAAAGACGUGGACUUCGCGUAUCCGGCUAGGCCCAAUGUGAUGAUCUUUAAAGGCUUCUCAAUCAAAAUCGAAGCGGGAAAAUCAACAGCAUUGGUGGGACAAAGCGGGUCCGGCAAAUCAACAAUCAUUGGAUUAAUCGAGAGAUUUUACGAUCCGAUCGGAGGGACCGUAAAAAUAGACAAUCGAGAUAUCAAGUUAUUUAACCUAAGAUCACUAAGGAAGCACAUUGCAUUAGUCAGUCAAGAACCAACAUUGUUUGCUGGUACUAUAAAGGAUAACAUCACGUACGGUACAUCAGACAGUACAGAUGAAUCAGAAAUAAUCGAGGCCGCUAAAGCAGCCAACGCUCACGAUUUCAUCGCAGCAUUGAAAGAUGGAUACGACACGUGGUGUGGGGACAGAGGAGUUCAGCUUUCAGGUGGGCAAAAACAACGCGUUGCAAUAGCGCGUGCAAUACUGAGAAAUCCUGCAAUUCUGUUAUUAGAUGAAGCAACGAGUGCGCUGGACAGUCAAUCGGAGAAAGUGGUGCAAGACGCGCUUGAGCGCGUGAUGGUUGGAAGGACGAGUGUUGUGGUUGCACAUAGGCUUAGUACCAUACAAAACUGCGACACGAUUGCCGUUUUGAGUAAAGGGCAAAUUGUAGAGCAAGGGUCCCACUCGUCCUUGUUGGCAAAGGGACCCACUGGAGCUUACUUCUCACUUGUUAGCCUUCAAAGGACCCCACUAAAUAACAGUCAUACCUCUAACUAAGUUGACUUGUCAAAUGUGAAAAUUAAUGUUUUUCUUUGUCAAUUGUAAUUUUAUUUCCAUCUAUUUGUUCUCUUUUUAUCGAAAAUAUUACUCGCAUUAAAACGA